UUUCAGUAUCAAAUUAGAGGCGGAUAAAACUAGUGCAGGAAAAGUCUGAAAUGCAAAGACAUUACGUUAUGUAUUACGAGAUGUCCUACGGUCUCAACGUCGAGAUGCAUAAACAGACUGAAAUUGCGAAGCGGUUGAACGCGAUACUUGCGCAAAUUAUGCCCUUCUUGUCCCAAGAGCACCAGCAGCAGGUCGCAGCAGCCAUAGAGCGGGCGAAGCAGGUCACCAUGACGGAGCUGAACUCUAUCAUCGGGCAGCAGAGAAACGAGUUACCCCGAAUUUUGGUUAGUAUGAAAUCUUCGUUGAAUGACAGCCAUUAAAGAACAUGGGGGAGAGAGAGACAGA